AUGUCUUGUUGUCCGGUCUCAAUUAUGGGGCUUUUGCUCACGUUGUUGAUCAUGAUGGUUGGCUUACCUGUCUCAGCUAGAACAUUUGAUGAAGACUUUGAGCAAACAUACGGCGACCAACGUCUUCAAUUACUCGACGGAGGUACACAUUUCACACUCGCCCAGGACCAGAGUUCUGGGUCGGGAUUCAAAUCCAAGAAUGAAUACCUAUUUGGACGUUUCGACAUGGAUAUGAAGCUGGCUCCUGGGAACUCAGCUGGUACUGUUACCACAUUUUAUUUAUCUUCUCCUCAAGGGGACGAACACGAUGAGAUAGACACAGAGUUUUUGGGCAACUCUACUGGGAAUCCGUACACUCUCCAUACCAACGUGUUCAGUAAGGGUAAAGGAAUGAAAGAACAACAAUUUCAACUUUGGUUUGAUCCAACAGCAGAAUUUCACAACUAUACAAUUAUUUGGAACCCCACACGUAUUAUAUGGUUGGUGGAUAACAGUCCCAUUAGGAUCUUCAAGAACUUCGAAUCAGAUCUUGGUGUUCCAUAUCCUCACAGCAAACCCAUGAGGGUUUACUGCAGCUUCUGGAAUGCCGAUGACUGGGCUACUCAAGGCGGAAAAGUAAGGGCCGAUUGGUCUACAGGAACUAAAACAGUCUCUUACAAAAACCACAUCAUCAAUGCUUGCCAAGGCUUAGAGCAGGAUUGUGCUUCUUCGAACGCAGGGGACGGAAAAUCGUGGCAGAAUUACGAUCUUGGUGAUGCAGGUCAUGAUAGGCUUCGAUGGGUACAAGACAAGUUCAGGAUCAGCAGCUACUGUCUUGACAAAAGUAGAUUUCCCGAAGGUCUCCCACGCGAGUGUAUGCAUUCCGAGUUUGAGGACACCGCCGAUGCCCCCGGCGCCAGCCCUGAAAAUCCCCCCACCACUGCCAACCCCGCAACUCCCCCCACCGCUGCCAACCCCGCAACUCCCGCCACUCCCAAACCCAAAACUCCCGCCACUCCCAAACCCAAAACUCCAGCCACUCCCAAACCCGCAACUCCCGCCACUCCUCUCAAACCCAAACCAAGUCACCCAGACACUCCCGUCACCGCUGCUGACCUUACCGGCAAUAAAUAUUAG